CUGGCUCCCCCUGGUGGAGCCGGUCAGUCAAUGCAGCCUGAAACGUCAUCAACAGAAGACGCGCUGCCUCCAAAAAACCACAAGCAAGAAUGCUUUUCUACUCAUUUUUCAAGUCGCUAGUGGGGAAGGACGUAGUGGUGGAGCUCAAAAACGACCUGAGCAUCUGUGGAACGCUUCACUCUGUUGACCAGUACCUGAACAUCAAGUUGACAGACAUCAGCGUCACAGAUCCAGAGAAAUAUCCACAUAUGCUGUCGGUGAAAAACUGCUUCAUCCGUGGAUCGGUGGUCCGGUACGUCCAGCUGCCGGCCGACGAGGUGGACACGCAGCUGCUCCAAGACGCAGCGCGAAAAGAAGCCAUGCAGCAGAAGCAGUGAUCGCCGUCGUGAGGAUGGGAUGGGGAGGGGGAGGGGAGGGUUUGAGAUACGACUUUACGUUUUGUAAUAACUGUUUAAAGAUGGCAGUUUGAUUUACUUCAACAACAAAAAAAAAAAAAA